AUCAUUUAGCGUCUCGUAACAUAAAUAAUAUGGCGUCGUUUUAAUACAUCGUUUUGUAGAAAAUAUUAUUUGUAAAUAUUUGUAGACUCUAUGAAACAGCAGUAUAGCGUAAUUAACAAUUUCAAAAUGAAAAAGUCUCCUUUAAGUACACCAAGUGGUAGUAAAGGAAAAAAAAGUUACAAUUGGAAGUCGCACGAGCAUAAAAAUAGAACAGGUUAUAGUUAUGUUAAAAGUGAUAGUUAUCAGUGUACUUCACCAAAUGGUGGUCAAAGACAGUCUGGAAAUGACUUUAUUCCUUUAAAUAUUAGUACACCAAUGCCAGAACAGAAUAGAAGACACAGUAGUAAUUGGCAUGGUUCUGGAGGUCGUAAUCAUCGUAAUUCAGGUAGUGGUGGAUUUAACCAUUACAGGAACAAUUAUCAUGCAAGCCCAAAAUCAAAUUUCAAUAAUUUAUACUCUCCUUACAAGCUCCUCAGCAAGCAAUUUUAUAAUCACAAAAAGGGAUACCAAAAGGAUUCGCGUAAACAGAUUGACAUAUCAUGCUAUUUAGAUAUGAAAUCUUUUUUAGAAGAUCCUUGGGCAGAAUUAACGAAAAAGUUAAACGAAUCGACAGAAACGAAUGAAGAUGAAUUCCCUAAACUUGAACAGUUUUCACCACAAUCGAUUUAUGUAGAUUCAGAACCAAAUUCUGAAUGUAAAUCUGUAACAAAUGUUGAUAAUUCUUGUUUUAGCCCGGAAUCCAAAACUGAAUCUUCCGUAGAUGUAAAUUUGGGAUUGAACGAUACAAAUAUUAGUAACGUAUCGAGAACAGAGAGCUCGAUAGAUAUAAAAUUUGAAAAUGUAAGAUUUAGCGAAGAAUCCAAAAAUAAUAGUAUUUGCAAUAACAAUGAUAAUAGUAGUGAAAAUAUUCGAGAUGAAAAUAAUGUUAAUAACAUUUGUAUUUCAAAGACAGAUAUGGUUCAGAAUUUUACAUAACAGUAACAAAAGAUAAAGUGCACUUUUAAGGAGAAUAAUUACUCUUUAAUUUAGUGCAAGAUAAUAUUAAAUUUUGUAUAUACGAAUAUCCAUUGUAUAUAGAUAUUGCAAAAUCUAUGAAACAAUUGUUUCAGAUUUUUGAAAUAAUAUUCUAGCAUAUGGAUAAAAAAAAUGAAGAAUUUUUUUUAGUAAUGUAAAUUUUUUUUUCUCUCUCUAUUAUAAAGUAGUUGUAUGACAAAAGCAUAUCUAAUAUAUAUGCUAAAUAUGAUGUAUUAAAAUUACAUUUUAAAUUAUAUUUUCACAAGAAGGCUGUGAAAAAGAUGAAUGUAGUUUACAAAAAUGAAAAAAUAAUACAUGUGCAAUUCUUUAGUAUGUACUAAAAAAAGAAGUACAUAUGGAAUAUGAGGGAACAUUGAACACCAAUUUCUUAA